AUGGCCGCCGUCGCCGCCGCAUCCUCCGCCACAGCCUGCUUCCUCUCCCCACUCCCGCCGCCACGCCACCCGCGUCAUUUCCUCAGGCACCUCACACGCGCCGCGGCCACCAAGCCCACGCCUGCCUCCGCCUCCUCGCUCGCCCUCCCCUCGCCGUGGCCGUGGGCGCGGCUAUGGUGGCUCUACAAGCUAGUCCCCGCCGAGGCCACGGGGCGGCUACUGUCGUCAGACAUGGGCUCCCUCAUUGUGGCGCUCGCCUCUGCAUCGCUGGUCCUCGGCGACGCCGGUGCAGCAUCCACGUUCAUGGUCUCCACGCCCAGGAAGCUACAGGCGAACGAGCUCGCCACCAUGCGCCUCUUCUAG